AUGAGUGCAAUAAUUUUAUUUAGUUUAACGGUGGCUGCUGUUUUCAUUUCUGCAAACGGUGGCUCAUACAACUCGUACAGGCCACCUGGAAAAUACCAAAGUCAGCUGCAGAAUCAACAUCAAAGUUCAUACUCGAUGAAACCGUAUCCAAAAACCACAUCACUGGACUAUGGAAAAUCUCGUUUUGAAGAGGUCUACCGAUGGAAGCAAAUGACGUACACACCACUUGAUAAUGAUUCCAUAAUAUUCGGUCUGCCAGACAGAAGGAGAAACGAUUUAACGGCAAGUGAUAUCAGAGAGAAUUACAUCGCCUACAAUAAUAUGCCGAUGGGUGUGUUGCACCAUAAAAAUCGGAUAUUUAUUACAUUGCCGCGAAGACGACUGGGCAUGCCAGCUACACUUACGUAUGUAAGUUCCAAUGGAGCACAUGGAUCGAGCCCAUCAUUACAGGCAUAUCCGAAUUUCAGAACAAAUGAAUUGCAUCCACAAAAUGAACCCGAUCGUAAUCGAAUCGUUUCAGUGUAUCGAUCACGCGUGGAUGCUUGUAAUCGCCUUUGGUUCGUUGACACCGGUGCAUUAGAAUACCCGGACAAUAGAAUCCAAGUUCAACCGCCAUCAAUAUGGAUAUUCGAUUUGAACACUGACCUACUGGUACGACGCUUUGAAAUACCCACGGCCAAUGUUAUCGCAGGUCAUGGCCUAGCUUCGCUAACAGUUGAUAUUGACGACAAUCGAUGUGAUGAUGCUUAUGCAUAUUUACCGGAUCUCGUGAAUUAUCGAUUGCAUGUAUAUAGUUUGCGUUCCAAUCAGUUUUGGUCUUUUACACAUAAUUAUUUGGGUUACGACCCCAUUCGAGGUGACUUUAAUGUAGCCGGCGUUCAAUUCCAAUGGAAUGAUGGUAUUUUUUCCAUAGCAUUGAGCGAACGAAAUGCUAACGGAUUCAAAACAGCCUACUUCCAUGCCAUGGCCAGUACGUCUGAAUUCGAAGUUUCAACUGCCGUUCUCAAAAAUCAAACGGCGUCCACGCGAUCAAGUCAUGGUAGCGACUUCAAAUACAUUGGUCAAAGAAAUGAACGUGGUCAAUCGGCCAUGCACGUGUAUGACAAAAACACCGGUCUAAUAUUCUACUCGCAGGUCGCAUUGAAUGGAGUCGGUUGUUGGGACACAACACUGCCAUUAAAUCCAGAUAAUUUCCACUUGAUUGCACAAGAUAACACAACCAUGAUCUAUCCAUCGGACAUAAAUAUUGAUUCUGAUGGGAUAAUCUGGAUGAUGACCAACGGUCUGCCACUUUAUAACUACGCAUCAGUUGAUCCGAAUGAAUUUAAUUAUAGAAUCUGGAAAGCCCCAGUUGAACGAGCGAUUGCAGGAACACUUUGCGGUGAAAAACCAUUCAAAAUCCUAAAUUCACAUCAGUUGAGCGGUCAACCGCCACCAGUCAAAAUGGGUUCACUACGAUUUUCUAUCACUUUGUUAAUUGUUAUUAUCAGUGCCGUGACUUUUGCUGAUUGUGAAUUAGAAGAAUACUUCAAAUGGAAGCAAAUUGCUUUUGCGUCGAUUGAUCAAGAUCCAGACGAUAUUCUGUUUCCCGAUUCUGAAGCUAGAACGAAUCGAGAACAAGGCAGAGUUCAACGGCAAUACAAUCCACAGUAUGGUGACCAGACGAUGAUGAAUGGUCAAUUUAAUGGCCAAUUUAAUCCACAACAAAACACUCAGCAAAAUAACCGACCAAAUUCCCAGAAUUAUAUCGCCCAGAAUAACAUACCAAUUGGGGCCUCUCACUACAAGGGCAGAGUCUUUUUAACUGUUCCUCGGCGUCGCGUCGGCGUUCCUUCAACACUUAACUUCGUGUCCACAAAAUUGGCCAAAGGAUCUAGCCCAAGCUAUAAGCCAUUUCCAAGCAUUGAAAUGAAUCAUUUACAUCCAAAUCAGCAAGCGGAUCCAAAUCGAAUUAUUUCAGUUUAUCGAACACGUGUAGAUGAUUGCAACCGGCUCUGGUGGAUUGAUACUGGUUUACUUGAGUAUCCAAAUAACGCGACCCAAGUUCAAAGACCUUCGAUUUGGGCUUAUGAUCUGGAAAGAGAUGUCGUUGUUCAUCGCUUUGAAAUUCCGCAAAGUAUAGUGGAUAGAGGAAAUGGCUUGGCCAGUAUCACCAUUGAUGUCGAUCCAAACAACUGUCAAAAUGCCUAUGCAUAUAUUCCCGAUUUGGCUCAAUAUCGCUUAUAUGUUUACAGUUUGAGCCAAAAUCGUAUCUGGAGCUUCCACCACAACUAUUUCCAUUUUGAUCCAUUGCAAGGUGAUUUCAGUAUUGAUGGCAUUCCCUUCCAAUGGAACGAUGGUAUUUUUUCAAUUACAUUAGGCAACCGAAAAUCCGACGGCUAUCGUACCGCAUUCUUCCACCCAAUGGCGAGUACUUCCGAAUUUGCAGUAUCAACAAAAGUCUUGCAGAAUGAACAAAACGCAGGACGUUCAAAUCAUGGAAUCGAUUUCCAGUUCCUGGGUCAGAGAGGACCAGCCACACAGUCAUCAAUGCAUGAUAUUGAUCGAUCAGGAGUCAUUUUCUACACACAAAUCAAUCGAAAUGGUGUGGGCUGUUGGAAUUCAAACAAACCAUAUACACCGCAAAAUUUCCACUUUUUGACCGGGAACAAUCGAACCAUGAUUUAUCCAAGUGAUCUAACUAUCGACCGUGACGGAAAUUUAUGGAUGUACACCAAUGAAUUGCCAAGGUGGAUCUAUUCUCAAAUGAACUGGAACGAAUACAACUUCCGGCUUUGGCGUGGAAAUGUAAAUGAUCUCGUAAGAAAUACUCCAUGUAGUGAGUCACGAGGCAGUGGGCACCACCACUACUAACAUCACUGAUCGAAUACUGCCCCAGCGAAAAUGUUGUUCCUUUUCUUAGUCAUUCUGAAUGACUCAAUCACACGAAAAAAAUGAAAUGCCAUAGAUUUUUGGUUUGAGAUUUUUAUUUUUUUAUUCUUUACAUUUUUUUUCCUAUAUUAUCAAGAAUUUUGAAUUUAAUAUUGUCAAUAAAUUAAAUAAUGGAGCAAUCAAUAAAUUGGAAUAAACUAAUAACUUACGACCGAAGGAAAAUAGAAA